UUGGUGGUGUUUGGUAAACCUGUCAUCUUUUCAUUCGACCAUAAACCAAAACAUUCAAUUCCCAUCAGAACUAAUCGCUUCUUUGGAUUUGCUGUUUCUGAGCAACAUUCCACAUCACACCAUUCUCCGUCUCAUUCACCUUAGUUACACCAUACAUGUAGUGUUAAAGUUAGUCCAGUUUAAUUUGUUUAGUAAUACAUCUUUAAACUUUUAAACUCGACUCUCUCUCUUCUCUUGUCUCUGAGUUAAUACGAAGCUGUUAUCUUAUCCCUGCAAUAAAAAGUUCCAAUCUUCCAGUUGAAAUAACCCAACAGAUCCAUAAGGUUGAUUUCAUAUUUGCUACGGAAUCUUUUGUCUUAUGGCUUAUUAAAUAACAUGUAAUUUAAAUCAUUACAGAACGGCUUCUACAGGCUUCGGCUCCACAAGGUCAAGCUGGACCUCUUCACCUCCUGAUCUGAGAAACUCUUUCGGUUUUCUCUUUAGAGUUGAUGAGCAGACUGAGGCUUCGUUCACUCUGCAGGCCAUGAUGCUGCUGAAUUCAGAUUUUUUGAGUAAAUAAUAUUUUGUGUGUGUCUGUUCACAUUAUGACUGAAAUGCGACAUCAAACUCUCUCCAGUGUGAAUGCUUCAUUGUCCCAAAGCGACCCGCAUGUACAGAAGACUAGAAGUCACACUCAACGGAGUCGGAACCAGGAGAGGCGGAGUUGUGAUGUGAAAGCUUUCACUGACAGUUCAUCCACAGCAUCAGGAUCACACCUGUCAAGUUUCCCGUUUUGGGCUGGAAACUGUUUUGAAAACUGUAAACUAUUUUACUCUUUGUUCCCAACAUCUUCCUGAAUUAUUAUUCACUGAAAAACGUUCCGGUAAAAUGUUCAGGUGUUUUUAAUUCGUGAUCUUGACAGGAUGCCCAGACAGACUCCUGAAUCCUUCUGUCAGCUUUUCUCCUCGGAAACGUCGGCAUACGACUCUCACCUCCGCUGACUCAGUGACGUAGGAGACGGAUUUAAUGCGACAUGACCAUUCAGACGGCAUUUGCUUUCAAAAACAACAGAUAUGUAUCGGAAUCACUACCAGAUAUGAAAGUGACAUGGAUCGGAUUUGAAAAAAUCGGAUCUGUGCCGUUCAGACUGACUAAAAAACAUCAUGUACAGGCCGCAUGUGGGGAGAAAAAAAUCAGCUUUGAUGCGCUUUUGCCUGCAGUGUGAACGAAGCCUGAGAGUCAGCGAGAAACAUCUGGAAGACCUGAAGACAGAAACCUUAGAUUACAUGUUUUACGUCUAAGUGAAUUUUUUAUACAAUUGUGUUCAAUUCAAACAUGCAAACUCAAACUAAACUAAAGGAUAAUUUAUAGCAAAACUGUUCUAAUCAAAUAGAAAAAUAAAUAUGAUUGUUAUUUUUGGGCUGAUUGUUGAUUGAUGCAACCAUGCCAGUGUUCAGCAGCCUCGCCGCCGUCAGUGCGCCCCAGGGCAGCUGUAGCUACAUGGUAGCUCAUCACCACCAGCGUGUGAAUGUGUGUGAAUAGAUGGAUGACUGAUUGUGUUAUGAAGCACCUUGGGGCGGUUGCAGAACCCUAAGAAGGUGCUGUGCAAAUACAGGCCAUUUACCUAGUAAACAUGUUUAUCUGUCAUUCCUUCCACUGAUGCCUUAGUUCAAUCUCAUGGCAGAAAGGACUAAUCUGGUCAUGUUCAAGGAGUUAUUGCUGAUAGGUUUAGUCGCAGCAAUAGUUAAAUAAAUGAAACAUCAAUUUUCUUCCUUUCAUGGUGAUAUUUGUACAGUUUCUUUCUAAGUGCAGGUUGGUGUUAAUGUGUUGUUUUCAGCUCAGCUCCACUCGAUUUACUCCAAACUGAUCAACGGACUGAACAGAACUUCAGGUGAAAUUCAAAAAUGAAUGGAUGAAUAAACUGGUUCAGGAAUUCAUAUUUAAAUAAGUAAAUGUUUAAAAGAGUCAAAGCAGGUUUGUUCGGUAGAUGCUGAAGUCAGACUGAGAUCUACAGAGACCCAUCUGGACCAGCUGGAGGCCCACACUGCAGGUUUUCUCCUCAUCCUGUCAGGUUGGUUCAGUUUAUUCCUGAUGGAGACAAUUAAUAAACAUUACGGAUUUUCUUUUCAGCUCUGGAGAUCAGACUGAGGGUCGGCGAGAAACAUCUGGAAGAGCUGAAGACAGAAAAUUCAGGUAACACACGAGGUUUUAUAAAGUUGAUUUCAGAUUAAAGUCAAACUUCUUCAUCUUUUAUAUUUGAACCUAAAAACUGAUGUUUUUCUGGAUGUUUCUGCAGUUUGGUUCAUGUGUGAAUAAACAACAACUUCAAAUGAAAUGUAUUUUCAGCUUAUGAAACCAAGCUGCUGGCUGUGACUGACAGACUGAACAUGACUGAGGAGCAGCUGGAUGAGUUGAGGGCUCAAAGCUCAGGUCAUGAAACCAAGCUGCUGUCUACUACCACGAGACUGAACAUGACUGAGGAGCAGCUGGAUGAUGUGAGGACACGAAGCUCAGUCAGAGCUGCUGAGCUGGUUUCACUUUCAGACAGACUGGCUGAAGCUCAGAGAAACACUGAAGAGUUUAUGAGCAGACUGAGAGUCAGCGAGACACAUCUGGAAGACCUGAAGACAGAAAACUCAGCUCAGCUCCACUCGAUUUACUCCAAACUGAUCGACGGACUGAACAGAACCUCAGAUGCUGAAGUCAGACUGAGAUCUACAGAGACCCAUCUGGACCAGCUGGAGACCCACACUGCAGCUCUGGAGAUCAGACUGAGGGUCAGCGAGAAACAUCUGGAAGAGCUGAAGACAGAAAACUCAGCUUAUGAAACCAAGCUGCUGGCUGUGACUGACAGACUGAACAUGACUGAGGAGCAGCUGGAUGAGUUGAGGGCUCAAAGCUCAGGUCAUGAAACCAAGCUGCUGGCUGUGACUGACAGACUGAACAUGACUGAGGAGCAGCUGGAUGAUGUGAGGACACGAAGCUCAGUCAGAGCUGCUGAGCUGGUUUCACUUUCAGACAGACUGGCUGAAGCUCAGAGAAACACUGAAGAGUUUAUGAGCAGACUGAGAGUCAGCGAGACACAUCUGGAAGACCUGAAGACAGAAAACUCAGCUCAGCUCCACUCGAUUUACUCCAAACUGAUCAACGGACUGAACAGAACCUCAGCUCUGGAGAUCAGACUGAGGGUCGGCGAGAAACAUCUGGAAGAGCUGAAGACAGAAAACUCAGUUUGGUUCAUGUGUGAAUAA